CAGUUGAAUAAGCCUUAUACAGCCUGAAUUUUUUUAACAUCAUGUCAUUGGUAAUAUUUUUUUUUAUAUAACGUGAUCAAUGCCUAACAAUUUUAGUUAGGAUUUUAUUAUAACGAUUACCUUUUUAGGCAGAUUCUACGCUUUCAUUUUGGUUAGGUUUACGCUUUCCUUUUUGGUAAGCUCUACGUUUUCAUUUUCGCUCAGUUUUACGCUUUCUUUCCUUUUUGGUAACAUUUACGCUUUCGUUUAUGGUCAAUUUUUACGCUUUAGUCUGAAAAGGUACUAACAAUUUAUUGACAUACCAAUUCCUAUUUCAGGUUUGAAACCUUCCAAUGUUUUCUUUCAGUUAGCCACAAAAAGUGCUGGAGGCUACAACAAUUCAUCUUUGAGAAAAUAAGUAUCGUAAUCAGAAAAAAAGAUGAAAAAUCUUUUUCAAAAUUUAAAUUUUCACUCGAAAAAGUUAUUGGCAAAUCGAUGGCACUAAGCAUUUUUUAUAUCUCUUCUUAAUAACCACAAUGAACAACUUCACUAUUUCUGAAAGCAUCAGCAAACCGGAAAAAAAGUACGAAGUAACAGACAACAAACAAGAGAAAGACAACGAUAAAAACGCCGAACCCGAAGAAGGCGCACAUCACGCUGUUUCGCCCGAUUCUAAAUUUGAUCCUAGUUCAGCUUCUCGACGCGAACAUCACGAAAUGGGGAAAACAUAUGAAGUAAAAAAUGCUAACUUGAAGAGUGAAAACGUCAUAUCGACCUCUGUGAUGACCCGAAUGAACAGCGGAGAACCAACAGUAAAAAUAAUGACAAAAGAAGAGGUCAACGACCUCCAGGAUGAUGAGAAGAACGAAGAAGAGCAAGCCAAUGGUCUCGGGUGGAAGACUCCACUGAUAUACCUGCAAAUUUUCCAGUUCGCGACCUUUCUUGACCUCUGUCUUCUGCUCGUUGGAAUAGUGGCGUCUGUAGUGAGUGGAGUGGCGUUGCCUGUUCUGAUCAUCCUGUUUGGAGAUCUGAUUGAGCAGAUGCUGGUGCCUCUGCAGGAACCUCAGAUGUUGUCAGGAGACUCUUCCAACUCUACUGAGUUCGUGGUGUCUGGAGCUUCAGACAUGGACAGCAUGAUGGCUCUAUUCGAAGAUGAGAUGACCGACAUCUGUAUCAAAAUGACAAUUGUGGGCGCAGCUGUUUUCGUCGCAUCCUACUUUCAGAUCACGAUGGUGACUUUGGCGGGUGAAAACAUCCUGUUCCGACUGAGACAGGCUAACUUCAAAGCAGUGUUGAGACAGGACAUAUCCUGGUUCGACCAGCAGAAGACAGGCACCCUCGUCACCCGAUUAGCAGAUGACACAGAGAAAAUCAGACAGGGCAUAUCGGACAAGAUAGCGAUCUGUGUACAGCACAGUGCAACAUUCAUUAGUGGUUUUGUCAUCGCCUUCGUGUAUGGACCCAAAAUGGCGGGAGUCAUGUGUAUCAUUCUACCCCCUCUCGCAAUAGGCGGCAUGGGAUUCGCCAAAGUCAGUGGGGAUGCUUCGGCGGAUGAGCAGCGGGAGUACGGGGAGGCGGGGGCGGUGGCCGAGUACACUCUCUCCUCCAUCCGAACUGUGGUCGCAUUCGGAGGAGAGCCACGAGAGAUCAAAUUGUACGACAAGAAGCUGAGAAAGGCGAGACGACUUGAGCGCCGCAAGGCCACUGUCACAGGUGGAUUUCUCGGAUGGGCAUUCGGAACCAUGUUCGCAGGAUACGGACUCGCUUUUUGGUAUGGGCCGAAGCAGAUAGCGAAUGACUCGAUGAGUGUGUCGGAGGUCAUGACUGUGUUCUUCUCUGUGCUGAUGGGAGCCAUGAGUGUGGGCCAGGCAGUGCCCAUAUUUGGACUGGUCAGCUCAGUCGCCGCCUCCUUCGAAUUCGUCAAAGCAGUUAUCCGCAGGACUCCUCCCAUAGAUACUGAGUCUGAAGAAGGGGAGAAGCCCAAGUCAGUUCAAGGUGACAUUUCGUUCAGGAACGUCGGAUUCUGCUAUCCCUCCAGACCCCAAAUACAGAUUCUGAAGAACUUCAGCGUGGAGGUGGGUGCUAGCCAGACUGUGGCUCUCGUGGGGGCCAGUGGGUCUGGCAAGUCCACCAUCGUCAAUCUACUCCAGAGGUUCUACUCAAUCUCCAACGGAGAGAUUCUUCUUGAUGGAGUUCGACUGGAGAAACUGAACUUGAAUUGGCUGCGUGAACAGAUAGGGUUAGUGUCCCAGGAACCUGUGCUGUUCGGCUGUACUAUCAGAGAGAACAUCGAAUUCGGAAGGGAGAAUGUGACGACUGUCGAGUUGGAUGCCGCCAUAAAACAGGCCAAUGCGAAAGAGUUCAUUGACAAGCUUCCCAAAGGCGUAGAGACUUUGGUGGGUGAGCGAGGGUCGCAGUUGUCAGGCGGGCAGAAACAGAGGAUAGCGAUCGCCAGAGCUCUCGUUAGAAAUCCGAAGAUACUCCUGCUCGACGAAGCCACUUCGGCACUCGACAGCAACAGCGAGAAGAUCGUUCAGGAUGCUCUCGACAAGGCUCGAAAUGGGCGGACGACAAUCGUGAUUGCUCAUCGGCUCUCGACUAUCAAAGAUGCGGACAAAAUAGUGGUGAUGAUGGGCGGUGAGAUCAGAGAAGUCGGCAAACACGAGGAGUUGAUUUCUUUGAACGGAAUCUACUCGGAUUUGAUUCUCGCUCAAAGCAUCAAUACCAACAUGGAUGAGAAAAUCUCUAUGAGUGGAUCCAGUGAGGAUAAUACCAGUGAAUUAGGCAACUCAGGCAACACUAAUGCAGCAGGCAGCGGUGUCAAGGCGGAGUCUUCUGCUGCUCAAGGCAAGGUGGUUGACAAGGAUUCGGAAACAAAAGUUCAGGCAAGCGACCUGCCGGGAUUCACUGCCAUACUGAGGUUGAACAAACCAGAGGUCAUCUUCAUCAUCAUUGCAUGUAUUUUUGCGGCAAUUGCUCAGACUUCAAUGCCAAUGUUUGCCAUAUUCUUCGCAGAACUCAUGGAGGUGUUUGUUCUGCCGGAUGACGAAAUGCAAAAAGAGGCUAAUUUCUGGGCCUUGAUGUUUGUGGUGUUGGGACUGACCAUAGGCAUAUCCAUGCUGACCGAGUCAUGGGCUCUGGGGGAGUCCGGAUCCAGACUGACAGAGAGACUCAGGUCUCUGUCGUUCAAGUCAAUGCUCAAACAGGAUAUGUCAUAUUUCGAUGAUGAGAAAAAUUACGUUGGGGUUCUCACCACUAGACUCGCCAAAGAGACCUCCCUAGUCCAGGGUGCCACUGGGAUCCGGGUCAAAGCAACUCUGGAAGCGAUAGUUGGUAUGUCGGCCGGUUUGGCGAUUGCUUUCAUCUUCGGCUGGCAACUUGCUCUAUUGCUAUUGGCUGCUUUUCCCCUGAUCGGAAUAGCAGGCGGGAUUCAGAUGAAGUUCGCUCAAGGAUUCAGCGUGAAGGAAUCAAGUGAUUCUCAGCAAGGCGGAAAGGUCGUAACAGAGUCGAUCUCUAACAUCCGAACUGUUCAAAGUCUGGGACUGGAAAAACGACUGUAUGCAAAAUUCUUCGACACUCUGACUGUUGUUCAUGAGAAGAAUCUGAAGUUUGCUCAUGUGUACGGCCUGGCUCAGAGUUUCAGUCAGUCUAUGUUUUUCUUCAUCUAUGCGGCUGCCUUUCGAUUUGCAGCUUGGCUCAUUGCUCGGGAGUCGAUUGAAUCUAUGGAUGCUUUCCGCGUCACUUUUGCUCUCGUAUUUGCUGCAACUGGAAUCGGUCAGGCAACUUCGGCACUCGGAGACUUCGCCAAGGCCCAAUUGGCCACGAAAUCCCUUCUCGACUUAUUCUCUCUGACCCCCAAAAUCAACAAUCUCUCAAACGACGGGUACCAAGUGUGGGAGGACCGAAACAUCGGAGGUGGAAAAAAUAAUGUUCAUAUUGUUUUUAAAGAUGUUCACUUUCGUUACCCUUCAAGACCGAAUGUGAAGAUUUUAAAGAGUUUUAACUUGGAGGUUCCCAGAGGAAAAACUGUAGCUCUGGUUGGACCGUCAGGUUGUGGGAAGUCGACACUGAUGCAACUGGUCCAGCGGUUUUACGAUCCAGAGCAAGGCGAAAUUCUAUUGGAUGGCUACGACAUCAAACAGUUGAAUGUCCGUGAGCUACGAAGACGCAUCGCUAUAGUAAGUCAGGAACCCUCGCUGUUCAACGCAUCAAUUGAGAACAACAUCAAGUACGGAUCCCUCGCAGAGUCUGGAGAUUUCGACUCCUCGAUUACCCUGGACAGAAUCAUAGGAGUUGCAACGUCUGCAAAUUUGCACAGCUUUGUGUUGGGAUUACCUCUGAGGUAUGACACGAAUGUAGGCGAAAAGGGAACUCAAAUAUCUGGCGGGCAAAAGCAGAGAAUUGCAAUUGCACGCGCGUUGAUUCGCGACCCAGAGAUUAUUUUACUGGAUGAAGCAACGUCCGCACUGGACAGCGAAAGCGAAAAGGUAGUUCAGCAGGCACUGGACAUUGCUCGCGUGGGGCGAACAUGCCUAGUCAUCGCACACCGACUGACCACGAUUCAAAAUGCAGACGAAAUUGUGGUGUUAGACCAGGGAGAGAUAGUGCAACGGGGAACCCACGAACAACUAUUUGCCGACAAAUCCGGACUUUAUUCUAAGUUCUGCCAGGCGCAGAAUCUAGAGGUCGCCAAGUAAACUUUUCUGAAGAAGUAUUUACAACUGAAAAUGGGUCUUUUACUGAGAAAAAACCUUAAUUGUAUUUUUACGGAGGUUUUUGAGCGUUCACUUUUUUAGGGGUAGUUUAAAAAAAAAUUGCAUGGGUAACAGUACGUGUCAACAAAAAUAAAAAUAGUAGCAAAAUGCGACUGAAAAAAUAGAACAAUAGUUGAGUAUCCGUUGUGAUAUAAAUAAUCAGAAAUUUUGUAAAUUAUUCCUUAAUUGAUCAUGAUCUGAACCUUUAAUGUUAACUGUUGUUUAGCCGAAGAA